AGUCGAACAAAGAAUAAUAAUUAUUAGUUUUUCUGUAUUAUGCUCCCAUUAAUCGCCCCACCAAGGCACCAAACACCACUUUCACUUUCAACCACCAGCGAUCAACCUCGUACAAACAGUGGCGCUCAAACAGGCGCGUUUGCAGCUGAAUCCGUCUAGUAGCGUGCAAAGGUUAUCACCGUAGGUGACCCGUCGGACUUAGUGGUAUACUGGUAUAAACCGCGUAUGCCUGUUAUGUGUUGUUAUUGUUGUUGUUGUUUUAACAACUACACUUAUUAAUUAUUAUUAACAAUUAACAUGUCACAGCGUUAAAUAUUAAUUGUUAAAAUAUUGCAUUUUCCCUACUCUCCUGUAAAAGUGUGAAAACGAGUCACCGCGAUCCCGUCCGGUCGCGUUCCCCUGCCGUCCAGCCAUCUAUUAGUGUUGUCCGGCAGUGCGUUCUCGACGUUCUCGUCCGUCAGUCUCAGUCAGUCGGUCAGUCGGUCGGUCGGUCGGUCGUUUUCUCAAUUCUCAUUAUUAUUAUAUUAACGUCAUAGAUGUGGUCGCGCACUGCACCACCUGCAGCCCAAACGACGGCCGUGAAAAUUAGUGCGGCGGAGGCGGCGGCAUCGAAGUCAGCAGCAACGGCAGCGGCAGCUAUGACCUCCGUACCUCGGAGGUGCCGAACGUGCGUCGCGACCAGCUGAAACCCGACACCCGCUGCGGUACGAUAUUUUACGCGUCCGCCGUGCGUGUGCGUAUUCCGCGAGCGAGUACACGACGUCGGAUAAAAUAUAAUAAUAAGGACAAUACCUAUUAGUAUAUUACGGUCAGUUGCAGCGGUGACGGUUGUCGUCUCGCUCCCACUGGUGCUGUGAUAUUAUCUUAGCGCGCGCUAUAUCGUCGUUCGCGGGUUUUCGUCGUGCACCCGGACGUCGAAGCGAAAGAGGCGACGAAACACGCACUUACCUUCUUCUGUGGUCUGCGGCUGGAGAUCGGUGAGUGUAUAGCACCCCUAUCAAUUCGGCUUACCCACAGUCACCAUGGGCCUCCUGUUUUCAAAAAUAUGGAGUUACUUCGGCACCGAAGAGCACAAAAUCGUCAUCAUUGGCCUGGACAAUGCGGGCAAGACUACCAUAUUGUAUCAGUUCCUAAUGAACGAAGUCGUACAUACUUCACCGACUAUUGGCUCAAACGUUGAAGAAGUUAUAUGGAAUAAUAUACAUUUCAUAAUGUGGGAUCUGGGUGGACAGCAGUCCCUCAGAGCUGCUUGGUCCACCUACUAUUGCAACACUGAGUUUGUGAUAGUGGUCAUUGACUCAACAGAUCGCAGUCGUCUGGAUUUGAGUCGUGAAGAACUUUAUAAAGUGUUGAACAAUGAUGAACUAUCUUCAGCUGCGAUUCUUGUUUAUGCCAACAAACAAGACAUGAAAGGUGCAUUAACUGCUGCAGAGAUCAGUAAACAUUUAAACUUGACUUCCAUUAAGAAACAACAGUGGCAUAUCCAAGCUUGUUGUGCGUUGACUGGUGAAGGAUUGUAUCAAGGGCUAGAAUGGAUAUGCAGUCAAUUGAAGAACAAAUAAACGCUUUCGUUGUUAUUAUUUUUUUAUAUGAUGAUUUAAAAAAUUCCUGUUGUAGAUAAUCAAAUGUGUAAAAAAUAUAUUAAUCAAAGUAAGUAUAAAUUAUUGAAGUAUAUUAAAAAUAAAAUGUAAAUAGUAUUUUAAAGUUAAAAUAAUUAAUAACUAUUCUGUAUAA